UGUGUGCACCUCGAGGAAUUAAAGAAAAAAAAAAAAGUGCAACGGAAGAAGUCGCGACGCCGGGGUGAGACGUAGCAUGUAACAUCGUCACAUCACUUUGCCUUCUUCGAAAGGGUUUCUUUUUUGUUGUGAACUGCCCGUGCGCAACCACGAAACCAAACGAAGCGUACUCCUCCUCUGUUCCCAAGCGGGCACACAGUGGCUGAAGAGUGCGCCACAAUCGGAGCACCUGAUUCCCGAAUGACUGUAUCGUACUAACAGCUGAAAUGCCACCAAAUGCGGUCUUCCUCGCCGUCACCUUGGUGGCGGCGGCAGCAGUGCUGCCCGUUGCCAAGUCGCAGUCCAGUUCUGAUAAUGGCUGCCUCAGCCCAGUCAACAUCAAUUUCUCGUCGGUGGACUCGAGCGCCUAUGACUUCCAGUCGGUUCGAAUGCCGGAAGCGAGUGGAAUGGACCAUUUGUACAGCAUUGUGACGCACUUCGCAUACGUCAUCGCCGAGCCGGGACUCCCAAAAGGACUUCUCGAAGACGACCAGCUGUUUAAGGAUCCCAUCUCUAUAAUCCUGACGCGAUGGAAAGAGCUUCCCCGCAUGUUCAUGGGCCUGCUCGUCCUGGUGGCCGUCGGGCUGGUCCUGGCAGUAAUCGUGCCGUUUGUCGGCGUGCUGGUCCUGUGCUUCCGCUGCUGCUGCAAGAGGUGUGGUGGUGCCGAGAACGUGCCGGAAGGAAAGGGAGACGCGGCCAAGCGCGGCUGGCGGGGCGUGCUCCUCUUCAUUCUCGCCGUCGUGCUGCUGUUCGCUGUGGUCUGCGCGUUCGUGACCAAUGCAUUUGUUCCGGCAGCGGUGGUCAAGCUUCCGGACAGCAUCGAACACUCGGCGCACGACGUCGUGCUCGUGGUGAACAGGACAAAGGAUGACGUUGACCACCUGCUUGUGAAGAACUACGGAGAGUUCAAGUCUGAGUUCGAGCAGCGUCUGAAUGUUUGUACGCACCAGGUUGGCGACGACGUCUCUGCGAUCAUCACGAAGUCCCCAGCCUUCCAACUCAAGCAGGUGGCCGAAAAUGUUGAGAAGCUGAGCUUGGAGGUGAACAACAUCACGGACGUGGCCAAACAAGCAAAGGGGCUCAUGGACGAAAUAAAGAAGUCGGUCGACAAUGUUAAACAUUCUGUUGACGAGGCGUCCAAGAAGUGCAGGAACAACAAUGGUGGCUCCACCUGCGAUGACAUCGAUAAGAACAAAAAGGACCUGGAAUUCAAGUUUGAUAGCGUGAAUCUGAGUAAGAUCGAAGAGGCCAAGAAAGAACUUGACAAGCUGGAUCCUGCCACGCUCAAGAGCGAAAUUGAAAAGGCCUUGGACACGGAAGAGAGGAGAAAAGACAUUAUGCGGAAAGUGAACACUGCAACAAAUGAGAUUCGCACCAAACUGAACGAUGUCGAGCAGACCCUCCAGGACACGAGCAAGAAGUUCAACCUCCCGCUCAUUUCGGACCCAAAGACCCUGGACGUGUCGUCCAUCAGGGACGUGUUCGACGAUGCCCAGCCGUACAUCGCCUACUACGGCUACGUCACUCUCGCCAUCGCCUGUGUGCUCGCGAUCGUCCUCGCCUGUUACGUGCUGGGCAUGACGUGGGGCGGCUGCGGAUCCCGGGAGGGCUCCUGCAACCGCAAGACUGGCGGAAGCUGCCUGACAACCGGUGCGGUCCUGUUCGUGCUGGCCUUCUUCAUUCCCAUGGUGCUGUCGACGCUGAUCCUGGCCGUGGGCAUCGCCGGGCAGCGGGGCGUCUGCGACGUUGCUCGCGACCCGGGCGGCGAGCACUCCGUCGCACUUGUCGGCCCAAUCAAUGGUACGACCAUCGAGGACAUCGCCAAGCGCUUUGGCGAGUGCCGCAACAAGUCCUACAGCCUGUUCCAGCUGCUCGGCAAAGAGCUGGUGAUGAACAUCACCCGCAGGGUGGCCGGCAGCGACCAGCAGCGGUCGGUCGACUGGCUCUGGGGCGAGGGCGACGUGACGCAGAUCGACAUCGACGCGGGCAUCCGGGAGUUCGAAAAGACGAUAGACAGCAUCAACGUCGACAGCAUCGUGCCAAAGGAGGUCGACGACAGGAUCGUGCAGCUGCGGAGCUUCAGCGUCGACACAAAGGACCUUUCAGAUUUGGAAGCCAAGGUCAGUGGCGCCAAACUCAAGUUCAACUUGGAGGAGGUGUUAACUAAGAUGGAGGACUUCAAGUCGGGAAAGUCUAUGACAAAAGAGGUGUUGGCGCUCCUGAACAAUGUCACGGAUGAACUCAAGAAGCUUCAGGGAUUUGUCAAGGAGCUUGAAGAACUGAAGGCUGUCGUGGUGCCAUCUAUCAAACAAGUGAACAUCCUACUGAAGAUCAAUGAUACCAAACUGAAUGACUACGCUGUCAAGAUAAUCAACGAAGCCAAAGCGCAGCUAAAGAGGACAGACAAGUUCCUCGAGAUGGUCAACGAGUACCUGAACCACACCCGAAGAGGGGUGGAAGAGAAUGUUGGAGACUGCCAGGACCUGUACCGAGUCUACAGCGCCGCCGUGAGCUCUGUCUGCGACGACAUUCUCUUGCCACUGAAUGGCUACUGGUUCAGCGUUGCCGCAUUCCUCGUCGUGGGCAUUCCGGCCGUCAUCUUCGCCCUGUGCCUGGCCUCACUGUAUGCCAGGGUGGACCCCGCAACCCUGUACCUCGACCCGCUGAGUCCCGUAGACUCGGAUCACGUGUCCGGAGGCAGCUACAUGGACAGCGACACCAUCCCACUCGCACGGCUGAAAAAGCUACCCCAGCAAAACGGCCAAGACAAUAGAGGCUACGAUAGCCACCCCUACCAUUCCUACCAGCGUGGGUUUGUGAUUAUACAAGCUUCUCUGUCUCUCUCUCUUUCCUCUUGUCAUUCGUCUAUCUGUCUGUCAAAGGUGGUUGUUUCCGUGUGUGUGAACCACAAGCGGCGGCACACGGGAGGCAACAGCGCCGUGGUGAAUCGGGCGUCGUACGACAGCCGCGACGGCUACUACCACGACAUCAGCCCCGAAUACCGCGAGCACCCCGCUGCACCCCACCACCGCCCCGUGACGUCGCCCGCCAUCGCCUACUCGCCUGCACCUGCCUAUCACUACUCGCGCGACCCGGGCAUUCCGCACUAUGCCAAGGGCUACGAGUCGGCGCCGCCGCCGGCUGUGCGGCACAGCGGGGACUGGGAGAGCAACCAGUUCGCGAAGCCGCCGCCAUACUACUACCCGGGCUCGUGAGCUUUCUCUCGCCGGUAAUCGCCGAUGUCGUCGGAGACGCGGUCGAGCACCGCCGCGAAGGCGUCGCGGCAUGCUACGUCGCUGGCAGUGACGGUUCUGGUGUGGCGGAGUUCUCCGUGAUGCGGUGUUCCUAUAACGGGCAGUCGUGAUUGUAAGAACUAUAGUACGUGUCGCAAUUGAGAAGGGUGGCAGCGUGCUGCUGGUGUGGUCGUUUUGUCCUCGGUGGUUUCUGAAAGAACGUAUUUUUGAGCGAGUUGGCGCUCAGAUUGAUUAGGCACGCUUGACUGAAGCGCAGAACACAUUUCGUAAAAAGGAGGCAGAAAAGAAGGUUAAGUACUAGAAAUUGGGCGCUUCACUUCUCUUUUAUAACCCUCUUUUCGCGAAAUUGAUUUUACGAUCCGGUCGAUUCUGCCUAGUCGAACUCCUUUGUGCGCAAGCUAGGCAGCGGGCCUCCGAGUUCAGGUGUGACAAUGCAGUUCCCCGUUCUAAUCGGAUCACGGCAGUUCUGCCAGUGCCCUUUGCUGGUGGUUUACGGCAAAUCGAAAUUCUAGACAAGCUAGUUAGUGUUAACCCGUUUGGGGCAAGAAAGAUUGCAGUUCCACGAUUUGUUCUGUCCAUAUCACAAAAUCACUGCCGGUAUGCUGACGCACGGGUUAUGCUUGAUCGUACUUCUAGCGGAUCCUGAGGUCUCAAAUGGUGGGGCAUAGGAGUUGUAGUUUGUGCUUUGCUGCGGUAAUUGUAGUAGUUAGUUGCGCCGGUGCUUGUAAGUUGUUCAUAUUCCCUCUCUCUCGUGCAGCGAUGUGGGUAUUGAUUCCGAAUUGGAUAGUUGCGCCUGCCGAAAGGGAGAAAUUAACGUCAGAGUUGCACAGUGGUGUACGUGGGUUCCGUGAUUGGCGCUCAAGCGUUACAAGCCUGCGAUCUCUGAACAGUGAAGGUUGGGUCACGUGUUAUUCUCGUAACUAGCUUGCAUGUUCAUAACACGCGACGAUGCCACACGAAGGAGCUGACACAAGCAGCGCUGUGUGGUGUCGUCUCAUGCUGUAAAUAUAGAAGCUAAAAAUCAACUCGCCCAACGUAUUGCUUAGAACUCCCGACUAGGUUCUUACCAGCGGGUGUUUGCAUUAUUUCGAAAGGCCCGGUGUUUGACCCUUGUGUCCUGGUAGCUCCUGGCAAUGUUCCUGCAGCAGGAAGGCAAUGGAACAUGUUACUGGCUAGAGUAUUGCAAUAAGUUGAAGCGUCGAGCGCAGGUAACAGGUGGUGCAAGCACAAAAAGCAUUGACUGACCCAAGUCCUGCAGCUGUGGUUGAAUGUUUAUGUGGUUUUGACGUUUGCUCAAUUGUUUUAGUAUUAGUAUUACACAUUUGCGUGCCUAAAUUGCUUCAAACUUGCCGAUGAAGUUUUAAGACAUGGAAUGUCUGGUUGCAGCUGGGACACAUAUUCUUUCAUGGAGCAGUUGUGCUUGGGCUCAGCAGACAUAAUGUUGGUUAGCUUCUUGUAAGAAGUUGGAUGUAGAAGACGUUGAAAGAAGAGUGCUUCAUUGCACAUCACAUUUUAUCAUGCAAUAACAAGCCUGUAAGUCAGUGUUCAAGUGUUAAGUGAUGCCUUUGACAUCACUUAAUGCUUUCUUUCUGACUCCUCUUUGCAGCUUUGAUUCACCUAACGAAAGUUUAGGAAUUACUGAACCGAGCUAGGCCCUGGGAAGGUGCCUUCCUUACGGAAUGCACCGGUGUCACGUACCAGCACCAAAUGCACCGGUAACACUUAGCAGCACCAAAUGCUCCAGCAGUCACCAUGACUGACUAGCUAGUAGUGUGACACUGUCGGCGAGACAAUGCCCACCUGUAGUGCCGCAUUGUUUUCCCGCAGUAUCUCAACUUUUGAGACGCUCCGGUAUUUUGGACCAGCACCGGCGUGAAGCACCGGCAGUUGCGCCGCUAGGACCAACCGACGACAUGGGUACUGCUGCAGUACCAAUCGUCACGUCAUUUUGUGAGGCAGACCUCCUUCGUUGCUGUGCCAUUUGAACUGCUGCCAACUGCUCCUGACCGACCACUUUUUUUUUUUUAUACGACUUUUUUCAUUGUUUAGGAUAGCAUAUCUUUCACACCAAUCAAAUCAUUUUCCGUCAGCCAUCUUGACAUAAUAGCCAAACUUUCAGUUUUAGACAAUGCUCAAACUUUAUAAAGCCGCUGGGGAAGUCAGUCGUGCCAACCGCGGCGGCGUGGAGCCGUUGGAUCAGCUCGUUUCUUCUCCCACUAACUCACGCUCUAGUUUAUCAUUUUUCCACUUUUUAAUUCUAAGUCAACUGGGAGAUGGAAACAAGCUCAUCUGCUAACUAGCUCCAGUUCUUUGGUUUUUAUAGGCAUUCUUUGUCUUUUAUAACGUGGGAAAGGUUUAUUUUUUAUGUCGUGUGACAAAAAGUUCUACAGUGUCAUUUGAAGCCAACCAACAGCUCGGGUCGUACCAUAGUGCCCGCUCAUUCCCUUCAAACAGUUUAUUAGCUUUUUUUCUUGACAAUGGCUCUGCAGAGGUGGGUAGGCCGGGAGAACACCGCCGAUCGCGCGUCACUGAGCCUACCUGGACGACCGGGCUGCUGCAUUUAGCUUUGUAGCUUCGCAAACCUCUGCUGGUUUUCUUCUCUGGACAUAAUCUUGAUGUUUACGCGCCAGCGCACAUUGUUUUAUGCGUUUAAGUCUUGAUGCCAAGUCAUCUGAUGCCCGCCAUCUUUUAUUCUAACCGUCUAUCGUGUAUUGCAUUAGGAACGUGCGUGUAUCUUGGUGGAGUCGGGUGUGUCUUGAUUGACUUGGGUGCGUUGGUAGACCCAGGGCUGAUGGAUCGUCGCAGUGCUCGUGGGGUUUGUGCAGUGAAAUUCUGGACUUGUCCGUUCGUCGUGUCUGCCCCGUCGGAGGACCGGUCCGGCUGAUGGUCUGUGUCGGGCAUUGUCCAGCGCCUUUCACGAGUGGAUGAAACAAGCUGCCAAAGGAAUUAAGCCUUGUGAACCUGAACAAACGGGCUGUGGGGAAAUGACUCUGGGGCUGUUUUGUAGUGACAGUCAGUGCUUUGUUUGUUUGUUCUUUUUUUUUUUUUGAAUGUGUGUGGACUUCAAGGAAGGCUCGUGCGCGCGACAUGCGGCUGCCUGACACCGAGGGCAGUGAACACCGCACCACCUUGAGACUUGUUUCCGCGUGUGCUGUGAGGUUGGCCAGCGACGUGUGCACCCUCAACCGAUCAGCACGCGCUCUGCUGCCAGUGUGAAAGGAGAAAGCACCCGUGCCCUGCUUGCAUCAAGUGUGCUUUGAAAGUUCCGGCCGCGUUGCUGUCUGCGUAUUCCAGUGUCUUGCAACAUUGCUUACACACUGUUGCCAGAUCUGACCAUUCAGAUAGUAGGUGGUGUUAGACCUGAUGCUUGAAAAACCUGACUCUGCCUUCUAUUAUAUUGCACGACUGAAUCAUGUUGGCAGCCCUAACCGGGCCUCACUGGUGCCGAGAACUGUAGCAGGUUGGACAGUAGCUUUUACCGAGCGAAGUCUGCGAGCAAACAGCAGCAGCGUGCCGGAACUAUAUUCCUAUCGUGUGUUGCGUUUUGAUAAUUUCGUGUGUGCGUUUUUGACAUAUUUGUUUUGCGCCAUGUGCAGAUAUUGUUGCAUUCACGCUCACUUGCCGUGUGCUGGCAAGCCAUGCGUGAUGUUUUGGUGGCUACUGUUGGAGUACACAGUGCAAUUUUUUCGACAUGUUGUUGAGCUGUUCUGGCUCUUUGAUCAGUUGCGGUCCAUUGUUUCUCCCACUGCACUAAAAGCUUUAGGUGACGCUGUUGCUUGUACUGAAGCUGUAAUCAGCACGGCUGGUGUUCGCACGAUGGAAAGGUGUGUUCGAGAGCACGACGCUGAAGUUCAGACUUUCAAGCGCGUCUCUUACAACAGACGGGUGUAACAGCAUGGCGUAAUAUUGCAUGAAGCGUUACAACACAUCCCGUGGGUUAGCAAUUCCUCGCAUGCGGGGCAUUGCAAGCAACGUACGUGUGGUAUAUCUGAGCAGGUUCAUGUGGAAGUGGUUCUCUAGUGGAGUGCACUUUGAUUGUGCGCAAUCGUUGCUCUUUAACUGCUUCUUUUUUUUUUCACUGUGCAGACAGUUCUUUAGAGGACAGCAGUUGCGUCGCCUUUUCUAUCAAUUAGUGUGAAACGUUGAUCAGUUGCGAACAAACAUGUCUCGUCUUGAAAUAGGGUGAGUAUUGGCGUGUUUACCUACUGAGGCUGGUCACGAAAAAAAAAAUCUACAGUAUGUACAGACGAGCCCUCUAUAUCCUUUCUAGCUUGUGAAGGAAGUUUUGCGUGUCUGUGGCUGAUAGCAGCAGUCUUUUCUGAAACCCUUUACAUGUAUCAAUCAUCUUCAGUAGAAUCCUGGUAUCUAUCUGUACGUUGCCGUGUGUAGAUCAGAUACCCGAAAGCGUCUACGUAUUUUUUUGCUGAUUGGACAAAAAGAAGCUUCUUUGGUAAAUGUGAUGGUUUCUGGCCAACUUUUUACACUUUUGUUGACAUAGCUCUUGCGGUGGUUCUGAUCCUUUUCCUCUCUAACUCGUUAGUUGUCGUAUGACUGUCUGAAGUCUGUAUUUUUAUUCUCAUUUCGUCAUACUGUACAGUAGUAGCAGCUGACGUCUUACUCGUUCACAAAAGUGCGUUUACUUGUUGCAUGAUCACUUCUUGUUGCCAGUGCACAUUGUUACGUAGCAAAGAGACAUGUAAGCCACUCGCAGAUUUUACGUUGCCAUCAUUCCGUUUGGCACAUUGUCGGUACUGGUAAUUUUACAGGCUGGCAAUGGUCAAGCUCCAGCAAUGUUAUUUAGAUAGCACACCUCUGCGGCGAUGCAUCUCUCUAGCUCACGCUGAAGAGAUGGGUGAAACUUUUGAGAGAUGACUCGUUUUGAAAAUGUCGAUUUAAUAGCAGUGGCAACAUAAAUUGUAUGUCGUUGCACUAGACACCUGUGGUUGACGCACUAGGCAACAGUGGUUGGCCAGUGUGUCGUAGUUGUAGUACCGGAAUGCGUACUUGAAAGCACUCGCUUGCGGCAUUCAGCAAGCAGCGUGAAGGUACGCAUUGUUGGCCGAUGUCGCGUAACAGCUAUCGACAGCUCACAAUUCGCCUGGUCAUUGUAGCAUUAUGGUGUGCAAUGUUUACAGAGGCACAACAGCCCGGGCAAUAGGCUCUGGCGCCACAUACUUUUUUGACUGUACCUUCCCUACCCCAUCAGUCUGGUAGAGAUUUAGCUCAUUCUGCACGAUGCACCGUUCAAGGGGCAUUGUCAGCCACCCCUCUCUGUAUUAUUCCGUUGUUAUACUGGCUGUACAAGAUUCGAGGGUCCGUCUAUCCAGCCAGGGCUCAGUUUUUUCGUCGUGUCCUCGGUAUCCGUCAUUUCUUCAUCCGUAACGAUUAAGGAAUGUGUAGGCCAUCGAUCAAGCGAGGCUUUUUCAGGUUACAUUUCGUCACAUCGCACCAUAGCUCGAAACUUUUUUAUGCCAAGGGUGAAAAAAAAAAGACAAAAAUUUUAUUCUUUAGAGUUCAAAAGAAGCGCUUUCUUGUCUUGCGACGCUGUAGACACCGGGUUUAACAGGAAAGCCUGUACAGCUUUAAUUUAGAGCCUACGUAUGAAGUGCCUUUGAACAAAUCUUUUAUUGUAGGAUUGAAAGUGUUACUGCCCCCCACUACACCCCCACAUCGUGUAGUUUUAAGCUGUUGAAAACGAGGGAGCUCGUUAUUUUAAUACUGCUGUUGAAAUCGCCAAACGACGAGCUAAACUGAGCGAGUCGUCGAUUAUGCACAAGACAGAUGUUAAAGCCAUACGUGAGGCAUCAGAUAUAUAUUACAUACAUGUUGUAUACGCAUAUUUUGGGCUGUGUCGUGUAGCGUACGUUGUGGGCGUCUUGCGCACGCCAUGUUCCCCGUCGCUUGUUUUCCGAUGGUGCCAUUCUCCCACGGCUGGUUAACGGUGGUGCCUGGUAUAUUCCUUUUUAAUGAUCUCCGUGUGUUAAUAACUUUGAAGUGGUGGAUUAUUUUGCUGUUUUUCUUCCUUCAUGUUGAUGUAGUAAACCGAUUUUGUUUUUUCAAUCUGCCGUUCUUUUUGACAUUUCACAAGCGUGUGUGGUUUUUUCGUGUUCAUACCGUUCAGUUGACGCGUCUAUAUUUAAAAUGUGAUAAGCGAUAACAGAAUGCCACAAUCAUUGGAAUGUUGCCGAGCUGCUUGGUGCUCCGAGAGAAACCUAGUUGUUCAGAAGUACAUUUAAUGUUGUUCCUCCUCCCACCAUCCCACCUUCUUGUCUUUAUUUCCAAGCGAGUACAGGCUCUGGCAUUCUGCAUGUUUUGUCUGCAAGAAGCGAAACAUCGAUAGCCUGACCUUGUGUUGAAUAUUGCGCAGUUUUGCUUGAUGACAAACAACGAAAAUUUUUUUUUUGGAAUAAAGCGUAAGCACGCUUUACUUUCAUAUUGAACAAGUUCAUGUUUUCUGUCGUUUGCAGUGCCGUCGUCUUUCACAUCAGUUAACCGGCAAAGAAUGACAUCACGUUAUGCAAAAGAGACUGUGGCACUUGCUAAAUGCUGCACGCUGCCACAUUGCAUUAAUUUUAACAGCGAAAUGCUCGUAUCAUUGGAGCAUUGCUUUUCAUGCACGACGGAGCAAGCAAGAUGCUACGCCUAACGCCAAAACUCUUAUGUCCAUGCAUAUGUGUAUGAUGAAAGCCCAUGGAAGUUACAAAUAACCGUAUCACGUGGUGGUUGAAUAAAACCGUUUGAAUGUUCCGAA